AUGUCAACUAGUGCCGAGGAGAGAAAAUCGCUACCGGUUACGGUAGAGAAAGCUAUUCCGGUCACGUACGAUUUGGGAAACUUGGCCGUGUUCGAUUCCAACACAUUGGACAGGAAUGACUUGGACUCUUCGAACGCCAAGCGGGAGGAGCAUAUCAAAACUUUGACCCGUGAUAACGUGCAGCUUAUGAUCAAUCAGAUCUUAUCCCUUCCCAUAAAAAAUAGUACUGAAUCCGUUAAUGGUUCGAGUGGACAAAGUGCCAAUGUAACAUUAGUACAGCUACCAGACCCAACCACGGAUCUUCCCAGAGAGAAACCUUUGCCUAAGCCCAAGGCUCCCACAAAAUGGGAGCAAUUUGCUGCGAAGAAGGGUAUCAAGUCCAAGGAGAAAGCGGGCAAAAUGGUUUACGACGAGGCAUCAGGCGAAUGGGUGCCAAAAUGGGGCUACAAAGGUGCCAACAAGAAACUGGACUCUCAGUGGUUAGUGGAAGUGGACGAUGCUCCAAAAAAGAGUGGUGAUGAGCUGAUCGACCCCAGAAACCUAAGUCGGGCCGAACGUAAAAAGCUGGUCAAGAAAAACGAGCUUCAGCAAAAGAGAAAUCUAAAGGGCGCCAAAUAA